AUGAACAUGAUGAUGUAUCAUGACCCUGAUCCUGUCCAGGUAUUACUGGAUGUGGCCAAGGUCCUGCGUGAGCAAGAUCACUUAAUCUUCACACUGUGUCCAACAACUCUUUCUCUGCUUCUUGACCUCUUUGAAUGCCAAUCCAGGCCUUCUGAUUCCCAUCAUGUUGACCCAGAGGUGUUGGAACAUCACGUCAUCUUCAUCCGUGGUUCCUUUGCCACCCUGCAACAUUUACGCCUUGUCGAGUCCCCAAGGAAAUCACAUGUGUGUGGUGGGACUCGAAUAACUUUGAAACCUUUCCCUGGACUAGAGAAACUGGAGCUAUGUCGUACUCCUUUCAAUCAAUUGAAAGAUCUCAAGGAAGUGAGGCACAAACUGAAACUCUUGUCCAUCCAUCGCCCACUGACCCCAAUAAUAUCCACCUCAGAUGUCCUUGUCUGUAGUGCUGAUGGCCUCAUAAGCUUCUGGGAAGAACUCAAGGAACUCAGACUCACUGCCUGCCAAUUGGUGUCUGUAACUGAGGAAUGCUGGAAAUAUACACCAAACCUGAGAUGCUUAGAUCUCAGUCACAAUUGCUUGGAACAUGCAUCCCUUCCGAGUGCCUCCUCCAUCAAUCUUUCCUACAACAAACUCAUGCUCUUUCCAUCUUUUUCUGUUGGUGCCUCUUCAAGACUUCAAAUUCUUCUUUUGCGAAGCAAUCUACUUGAGUCAUUGAACGGAAUGGAAUCCUUGGUGUGCAUGAAGACUUUGGAUGUAUCUCAUAACCUUUUGAUGAGUCCAGAGUCAUUGGAGCCCUUGAGAAAGCUUUCUUGCCUGGAGAUGCUGAUGUUGGAUGGGAAUCCCAUCUCGUAUAGGAUUGGAUACCGCAACACUGUUGCUGGGACUCUCCACCAAAGUGCAUCAAAGAGGAAGGUGUUGUUAGAUGGGGUAGAAUUAUCUGAGGGAGAACAGGAAAUAUGCUUGUCUGAGAAUAUAGCACGACUGUCAGUCUCCCCUCUCUUGCCUCUUCCAUGCUUUAUCCAAGGAAGGAGUACACUCGAUGAUGACAGCCUGAGUGACACAUCCAGUCGAAGAGAGGCUAGAGAGAAACGGCCUGGGAGGAGGGCAUUGAUCAGAGAUCAAGAUCUUCCUACAAAUCAUCAUGUUGUUCAAGUACAGAUUGAAAUCCAUCACAAACAUGGAGAAGGUAUGUUUCAUUUGAGCACAGGUGUUACAAAUACUAUCAUGAAGAGAGGAAAAGGUGAA